UCGCGCUCUCCUCCUCCUCCUGGAUGCACGCGCCCCAGAGAUUGUUUCCAACGGCUGGAGGGCGAGCGAGUUGAGCGACUUCACCGUUAACGGACAGUUCAACCGCCACGGAGAGGAAACACCGGAGCAGGAGGAGGCGGGAGAGGACGACCGCAGAGCCCGCGUCCGCCAGGUUAGCUGUCUCUGGGGACUCAGAUUACACCGCCUCCACUCGGCUCCUCCCAUGCUGACUGAGAAUGGAUGAUCCAGAGUACGGGGUUCAGAUCGGAGAGAACAAGUUCAUCAGGAAGGCAACAGUCCUCUCGCAUCUGAAGACGUACAACCUCUACUUUGAAGGACAGAAUCUACAGCUCAGACACAGAGAGGAAGAGGGGGAGUUGAUUGUCGAGGGCUUGCUGAAUAUCUUUUGGGGUCUGCGGCGACCAAUCAGGCUUCAGAUGCAGGAUGACCACGAGCGAAUCCGCCCGCCCCCGUCCUCCACGUCCUGGCACUCGGGUUGCAAUCUGGACAGCCAGGAGGGUGCCCCAAACGGCACAGAUGGUCAACAGGCGACGCAGCAGAGCCCGCCCACCGUGGAAGUGACGGCGCCCGACAGCCAACCGGAGGACGAGGCCGACGUGAUGGAAGAGCAGGGCGAAGGGGACAGCGAGAGCUCCGCUCAGCUGCCCAGGACGAAGAGCGACGCCGGCGUCUUGAGGCGGGGCCAGCGGCGCUCGCCAAGCGACCAGAGGAAAAUCAGACGCCACCGCUUCUCCAUCAACGGACACUUCUACAACCACAAGACGUCGGUGUUCACCCCGUCGUUCGGCUCCGUCACGAAUGUCCGGAUCAACAGCUGCAUGAGGACGCCACAGGUGCUCCGGGUUCUCCUCAACAAGUUUAAAAUCGAAAACAGCCCGGACGACUAUGCGCUCUACCUCGUCCAUACAAGUGGAGAGCGCAUGAAACUGAAGCGGAGCGACUACCCGCUGGUGCUCCGAGUGAUGCAGGGCCCGUGUGAGCAGGUCUGCAAGGUGUUCCUCAUGGAGGAAGACCUCGUCGAAGAAGUCACGUAUGACGUGGCGCAGUAUAUCAAGUUUGAAAUGCCCGUCCUGCGGAGUUUCAUCACCAAACUGAUCGAGGAGGAGGACAGAGAGGUGCUGAAGCUCAGGAGAAGGUAUACGUACCUGCGCUGUAUAAUUGAGAAGCAGCUCGGCCGUCUUCCAGAGGGGGCGACCUGUAUGUGAUGGACUGUUAAAAGCACCGAGGGUCGGCCGACAAGAACCCCGUGUACGUGUUUCAUGAUCCGGCUCCUCGUGAACUCCAACGGAGCCUUUUUUUCCCUUCUUUUUUAAAAAUCGUCUGAUGGAUCAAACCUGCAGACUAAACUCUGACAUGCUGUAUUGUUUGCAUGUGAAGUGGGAAGCAUGUCAGCCUUGUCGGUGUUACCGCUUAGUCAUCGCACACAGACGGACCUCCCAGUGCAGGACGAGCCCACGAAGCUCAGGCGUCAUGUGACAUGAUUAGAAUCAAGUGCCUGUUAGAAGGUUUCUCUGGGCACAAAGGCUUCGAUCCUGUGUUCUGAAGUUAUGAGAAAGUACAAUAGAAUGACGCCAGAUCACAGUUGUGCUCUGAAAAGCCUUUUAUGUUCCUCUGUUUGAGAAUCAUUUUUUAAAUUUUGUGAUUUGAAGGAAUGUUACUGACAUUGUCUUGAAAUUUUGGGAAAGCGUGAGAUGUUUUGUUGUGUAUUUUGCAUAACAGCAGCUGGUUAGCUUAGCACAAGCACAAGGACUGGUAACAGCUGGUGAGUCUGCCCAAAAUCUGCCCCCCAGCAGCACUCGAGCUCACAGUAAUAUGUUCUACAUCUCAUUUUAAUCUCUUCCAUAAAAAACAAAACAAAGUGGGUCGUGUUACAUUUGGGUUUUUUUUGUGCAAGACUAAACAAUUAAAGUGUUGCUGAGCUUCGGAGGCGCUAGUGGGCAGAUGUUGUCAUCUGAAAAAUGAAUUCCGCCCUGAAAGAAGACUCUUUGCAUUCCUGCCGUGCGCGACGAGAGGAGUUCACGUUGAGCAGAAUACUGUUUGGUCCAAGAACUAUUGUCAACAUCAUUCCUCACAUGGUGACUCCUGGUGGGCGUUGGGACUUUGGACCGGCGUGUUUUAUUAAAUUUUUUGUUACAUCACACAGAGAACAACGCAAGUGAAGUCCUGCUAGACUGAAUCCUGCCGACCGUCUUUACCAGACGAAUGUUGUAAAAGUAUGAAUGAUUGUGAUUCAAAGCGGUUUGCCUCCACGUGUACAGCUCGUCGCUUCUGGUCCGCUCGAUGUCUCCAACAUGGUGGUUCUAAAAUCUCGCCGUGCAGAGAGAGUGAGAGUGCAUGUUGUAUAUUUUUUUGGUGACUAUUUUUUAAAGACCUGUCUGCAUUUUUGUAUUGUCUUUUACGGAAAUUAUGAUCUUAAAAGAUGUUGUGAACUCAUGCCACGACUUGGAAAAUUUAGGUUUUUUUCUUUUUUUCGUACAAUGAUUGUUAUUUAAUAAAAAGAAAAGUCAUCCUGA